AUGAAUUUAAAACAGUUCACGAGCAUGAGUUUAUUUGAUUAUUAUCAACGAGCACUUAUUUAUACUCCACAACGAUAUCAAUCAAUACUUGAAACACUUAAAUCACUUUUACCUGAUUUUAUUUGUUUACAAGAAGUAACUGUUAAUUUUCUUAAUCUUCUCUUAAAUGAAACAUGGCUACAAGAAAAUAAUUAUUAUAUUAUUAUUACAAAAAAAGUUAUUGAUAGUAAUAAAAAAAAAUCAUAUGGACAAAUGAUGAUUAUGAAAAAUUUUCGACUACGAUCAUUUUCAAUAUGUCCACUUGAUCUAUCUGAUGAUGAUCAUGAAGCAACAGCAAAAAAAUCGAAAACAAUGAAAACAAUAAUCAUAGCUCGAUUUGGUAUAAAUACUAAAAUUACAAUUGAUCUUGUUAAUCUUCAUUUACAUAGUGAUCAUUCUCCUAAUGCAAGUGAAAGACGUUGUCAAGCAUUAGAAAAUUCUUUUAGAAAAAUAAAAACAAAUAAUUGUAUGUUUAUUGGUGAUUUUAAUUUUGGAGAUAAUAAUUUAAAAGAACAAAAUAUUCUUGCAACAUAUGAAGAUGAAAUACAUGAUUUAUGGAAAGAUAUUUAUCAUCUUGAUCAAGUAAGAUAUUUGAAUUUUAUCAAUAAAAUCUUAAAUGACAAGACGAAAUUCGGUUGA